AUGAUGCCCUACCGGAGGGAGAGCCCAGUCCUGCCCCGCUGCCCAGUGCGGGGGGGAAGGGUGGUGCAUGGGCCCCAGUUUGCCUACUGCCCCAGCCCUCAAGAGCUCGGGUGCUGGGCCAGGGUCCAGUCCUUCUGUGUCUCCCUUCUCAAGGUGCCCCUGAUGUUUGGGUUCUUGUACCUCUUCGUGUGCUCCCUGGAUGUGCUCAGUUCUGCCUUCCAGCUGGCUGGAGGCAAGGUGGCUGGGGACAUCUUCAAGGACAAUGCCAUCCUCUCCAACCCUGUGGCUGGGCUGGGGGUGGUGACCGUGCUGGUGCAGAGCUCCUCCACCUCCACCUCCAUCAUUGUCAGCAUGGUCUCCUCAGGGUUGCUGGAAGUGCGCUCUGCCAUCCCCAUCAUCAUGGGCUCCAACAUUGGCACGUCCGUCACCAACACCAUUGUGGCCCUCAUGCAGGCUGGUGACCGCAGUGAGUUCAAACGUGCCUUUGCUGGUGCCACAGUGCAUGACUGCUUCAACUGGCUGUCAGUGCUGGUCCUGCUGCCACUGGAAGUGGUGACUGGGUACCUGCACCACGUCACCCGCCUGGUUGUGGCCACCUUCAACAUCCGCAGCGGGAAGGAUGCCCCAGACCUGCUGAAGAUCAUCACAGAGCCCUUCACCAAACUCAUCAUCCAGCUGGACAAGUCAGUGAUCACAGGCAUCGCAACAGGGGACGAGAGCCUGCGCAACCGGAGCCUCAUCCGUGUCUGGUGUGGCCCUGAAUCCCCACAGAUGGCCUCUAUGGGACAGGGACCCUCUCCAAACUGCACAGCUCAUGGCCACUGCAGCACCAAGGGCAUCGAGAUCCUCCACAAUGUCACCAGGCAGAAGU